ACCCGAACAGAGAUACGAGAGAUACCAACACUUCGCCGAGAGCGAAUCGCACCGGCGUAAGUAAUCACCAAUCACCUACCUAAUUGAACUUGAUGCUGUCAUUUCACGGGCUCGUCAUGCAUGGCUCCAACCAACUGACAGGUCUCCGUUCCUGGGUGGCCCUCAAUGGAACUACUAUGCCACGUCCUGGCCCUGGUGGCACGACCAAGGCAGACACCUAUCGGCCACCACUACAGCUCUUCUCGCGCUUUCUCAAGACACAUGCUUUGUGGGUAGUACAGGCCCAUAUUAAUCAGGACGGUGUGAUAUCGAGCAUCGGCCUUCUGGAAGUAGAAUCGGCGUCUCUGUCCAAGCCCCUCUCGCCACUUGCAGCGUCGCCACAUACUCCGUCUCCGUCUACUCUUGGUCACUACUGGGAAGAAAAAACUGGCGGCGAGUCUUGCCUACUGGCGCUCACCCUUACUCGACCUGCUGACGCCCCUCGUGGUAGCUUCCCCAUGAGUUGGUCUGGUUGCCAACCAUCUCAUUCCCCGGGAGAUCGUUAUGCUGAGCUUCGAAAUGCACGGCGACUGCCUGACGCGCAUCCGUCUCUACGUAAAUCGCGGCUUUGAUUGCGUUGAGCUCGGCAGGGUUGGUCCACGCCCUGCCCUGACGCCGGCGAGGGGCCGACAAUCCUGCACGGUAUCGAGGCGCAGUACACUAGGAGGAG